GCGGCCGACGAAGUCUAUUUUUCCGCACCCUCGUUUCGUGGAACUAGUUUUGGGGAUGACCUUUGGGUAGAUACGACUCUAUACGAUUCCGAUGGCAACGAGGAGGACAUCGUUUAUAGUUAUACUUAUACUGAAGUUACGUCGAGAGAAGAAGUUACGUCGAGAGAAGAAGUUACGUCGAGAGAAAGUUACCGAGAAAAUUUGACAAGAGAGGAGCGCUGGCUGAAGACGAGAUUUUCUUUUCGUAGCUGCCUACAGAAUCUACAGGAAACUCGCCAAGGCUGCCGCAGCAAAAGCAAAGAGCUAAGCGUCGUGCGCGCGAAGCUCGAAGAUCGAGAAUUACAGAAAAUCGUUUUCAGGUUGAUCGUUCGUUUCAGACAUUUUCGCCACUCCCCAAUAUACCCUUCGCCUGUGAUGAUCCUGUUCCUGGGCCACAUCCACAGCCUCAUGAGGAACGAGUAUCUGCAGAAGAGGCUGCAACAUACCAAGUAUCACCUUUCAGUCCAGUAACUGAUAACUUUGGGCCACAUAUCGUAGCUGGUCGUAGAACUGGCAACAACGGAAGAACCUUGCCACCAGCAAGGAAUCCUGGUCCUUCAACUUCGGGAAUUUCUAUCCGUGCUUCUAGUGCACACGGACAAGUUCACCAGCAGGCUCAUCAUCACAAUCGUUCUAUCGUCCUGUUGUACAAAAUCCAAAUAUUGUAACUAGAAGUGCUAGUGCACGUAGACAGGUUCUUGAAAGGGCUAAUCGUCACAAUCAUUCUAUUGCCGAGAAUCCUGUCGUUCCAAAUCCAAAUAUUUCAACCAGAAGUGCUAGUGCACGUAGACAGGCUCUUGAACGGGCCAAUAGUCACAAUCGUUCUAUCGUCGAGGUUGCUGCUCAGAAUCCACGUAUUUCAACCAGAUCUGGCGCACGCAGACAGGUUCUUGACCAAGCUGAACAUCACAGUCAUUCUGAAGUUGAGGACCUUCCCGAUCUGGCACCGUCCAAUUCCAACAGAGGUCCUUACCCACGUAGGCCAAUUAAUCAGCGAGUUGAUCAUCAGGAACAUUCGAACAAUGGGAAUCCCCCUGAGAUGCACUCAGCCAGUUCGAACAGAACUCGUAAUCGACGCAGACCGAUUCCUCGGCAAUUUGAUGAACAAGAUGAUGAAGAACCGGAGGUGAUUUUCGUAGGGCAGCCGAAUGUACCGGCGCAGGCGGUUAAUAUAAACGCGAAUCUAGGGAGGCAGUCAAUUCAAACCCCGUCGGGUUAAGCCGCAGACGAGUUUUUAUUUCGCUCGUUGACGCACCCAGCAGUGGCCGUUUACUCGUUAGAACCGGCCCUUCUCAACGUGUACCACCACAAGACCGUCGUAGACCGCUACAACGUCCUAGGCCUCCAGCCUUUGAUGAGGAGCCUGAAGUGGUGGGUACUCACUGGAUGUAA